GGACGCAGCCUGAGCCAGAGCAGCCCGCUCCGGUAACAGAGACUCCAGUUACAGAACAAGAAGGUUCUACUGGGGAGCAAGGUGAAGAGGAGGCAGCUGACAAGGAAGGCACAGCAGAGGGAAGUGCUACGACGCAGCCUGAGCCGGAGCAGCCCGCUCCGAUAACAGAGACUCCAGUUACAGAACAAGGUUCUACUGAGGAGGAACUUCAAAAGGGGGUCGGUAGUGAAGAUGAGGAGGGAUACUCCACUCCUCCAACCAUUGUGGAAGAUCAAGGCGCACGUACCCCCCCAUAUCAGAAGUACUAUGAUCCGGAUUCUGAUGAUUCCCAAUGGAAAUCUCAACUCGACUAUCAUGGCAAAUGCCAAGAUAAGCAAAUUGCAGCAAAGAUGAACUUAGCUGGAAAUGUCGCGAAUGUGCAUAGAGGCACGACGAAAUGGGUACUCUCCCCUCAUUCUACGUUAAGCGGGCCAAUAAGCUACUGCAAAGUUUGUCUCCCUGAGGUUGAAACUGAAUGCUUGCUUAAAGCACUAAUUGUCAACUAUGCACCAGCAAAUGCUUCAACGCAGGAGAGAAGCGUCCUUACAGACAUCAAGUGGAAGACGCUGUGCUGGUAUCUGAGCUGCACUCAGGUUCUUUGA